AAUCAAUACGAUGAUAAUAAUUUAUAACAUAAAAUAUACACUAUCGAUCAAAUCGUCAGCAGUUAAAAACUUUUUAUCAAUAUGGCGGUCGCACCAACUGCUUUGCCUACUUUGUACGAAUACUACACCGGAAAUGGCAUUUCAGCAGGUCUAUCGGAUCAACAGCCGUAUUUUACCCUUAAUAAUAAAAAUAUCACGUUAUAUAGUGGUGCUUUCCAUUACUUUAGGAUGCCGAGGGGGCAUUGGCGAGAUAGAUUGCGAAAAAUGAGAGCUGCCGGAUUGAACGCUGUAGCUACUUACAUACCAUGGAAUUUGCACGAGCCACAAGAAGGCGUUUUCGAUUUUGGUAGCGGAGGAACAGAUUUUGAAGAUUUUCUUCACUUAGAAGAAUUUUUAAGAACUGCAAAAGAAGAAGAUCUAUUCGUUCUUGUCCGACCCGGACCAUACAUAAACUCUGAAUUUGAUUUUGGUGGUCUUCCUAGUUGGAUAACUAAAACGGUGAAGACUGUUAGACGAUCAACUGACGAGUAUUUUCUGAAGCAUGUAAGAAAUUAUUUCAACGUUUUGAUGCCCAUUCUGGCUCUAUUGCAAUUCCAAAAAGGUGGUCCGAUAAUAGGUGUUCAAAUUGAAAAUGAAUAUGGAAGCAAACACGUACACGAUACCGAUUAUUUACAAGCCCUUAAGGAUAUGAUGACAGAUAACGGCAUAUCAGAAUUAUUCUUCACAUCAGAUCCUCCGAGAAAUGGACAAUAUGGUGCUAUACCAGGAGUGCUACAAAUGGCUAAUUUUAAUGGGGACCCCAAAGAGAUGUUUGAUUUACUUAAUACCUUCCAACAUAAUAAGCCUAACAUGGCUAUGGAGUCAUAUACCGGUUGGUUUGAUCACUGGACUGAAAACCAUCAUCACAAAAGACCAAGCGAAUACCAAACCCAAUUACAAAAUAUUCUGGAUUACCCUGGAUCAGUGAACAUGUACAUGUUUAUAGGUAGUACAAGUUAUGGUUUUACAAGUGGUGCAACUUUAUACAAAGAUAAUGAUAAUUCGGGUUAUCAACCAGACACUACAAGUUAUGAUUAUGACUCUCCUGUAACCGAACAUGGCACAACAACUUCAAAAUACGAUCUCAUAAAACAGGUUAUAGCAUCUCACAAUCAAGUUCAAACUAGUUUACCAGAGCUUCCUGAUAUAAAACCUCUUGUGGCCUAUGGCACUUUAACGCCAAUAGGUCAGUUACCUAUUUCUGAAGCUAUUAAUCAAGUUGGAUAUAAAAUCGACAGUCAGAAUAUAGUUCCCAUGGAAAAACUGGAUAUUAAUAAUGGCAAUGGGCAAAGUUUUGGAUACAUUGUAUAUAGAAAGAUAAAUAUUGAUAUUCCUGCAAAUGCAGAAUUGAAAAUUUCUGGUUAUGUCAGAGAUACAGUAUUAGUUUUAAUUAACGGACAAUUAGUUUCUCCUGCUCCAACAAGUGCCGAUGACUUAAAUGGUUUUGGUUUUUGGAAAGUACCAGAUACUACUUUAACUCUCACUACAACUGAAAUUGAAGGGGCAACUCUAGAAUUGAUUGUUGAAAAUUUUGGUAGAAGCGCUGCUGCAGCUUUAUCAUUCAAAGGAUUAACUGGAGAUGUGUUGAUUAAUAACGAGGUACUUUAUAAUUGGGAAAUUGUACCAUUGGAGUUUAGAAAGUCUUAUAGUUUAGCUCUAUAUAACUGGCAACCAGUUACACAGAGGUCAAAUAAUGCAGCACUUUAUAAAUUUAAUCUUCACAUCGAUGGGGAGCCAAGCGAUACAUACUUGGACAUGAGGAAAUGGACUAAGGGUAUCACAAUAGUUAAUGGAUUUGUACUGGGAAGACACUUCUUUGUAGGACCACAACAAACUUCGUAUUUAGCUGCACCUCUGCUUAGAUCUGGAGACAACGACAUCAUUGUAUUUGAACACUAUAAUGCCCCUGACGCAUUAAGUUUUCUUACAGAGCCCAUAUUUGAAGUACCUACAUACAAAAAUUGAAAACAUGUAAAAAUAUUCAAAUAAAGAAAAUAGAAUCAUA